GUGAAAACAGUGUGUGCCUCACCACUCUUAGUACCGUUUCUUGCUCACUGCUAUUGACUGUUGCAUCAGUAGUGUUAUCACGCUUUGCAGAGUCACGAUGGCGCACCGGUUUGUUUUUCCCACUCGUCAAGGGGAAAGGAUUCUGAGAACGCUUCUGUCAAAGAACUGCAUAUGCCAUGAGGCAAGACAGAAGUUACAUACAACAGCACCUUUGACUACAAAGACAUUAUUUCGACAGUUGGCAGCUCUUAACAAGUCAGCCCACAGAUUUUUUUCAGACAAGCCUCAGAAGCCAGAUUCAUCUUCACCAAAGUCUAAAGGAGAUCCAAAAUCUUCCAAAUCAUCAAAGGAGGACGAUGAAGGCUUUGAGUUUAAGUUCAAGUUUGAAUUUGGUGGAGACAAAGGUGGUAAGAAACUUGGAGGCGGACCACCUGACAAACAGAUGCUUGCUUUUGGGGCUCUUGGCAGCGCUGUGCUUCUCUACAUGCUCUACUCCAGCCAGUACAGAGAAAUCACCAUGAAAGAGUUCUUUCAGAAUUUUCUCACCUCAGGAAUGGUGGAUCAAGUGGAGGUGGUAAACAACAAAUGGGUCAGAGUUCGAUUUAUGCCUGGGUCCCAAGUUGAUUCCAGUCACACAAUUUGGUUCACAAUUGGCAGUGUGGAAACAUUUGAGAGAAAUCUGGAGAAGGCACAGAUGGAAAUGAAUGUUGAACCCAACAAUUUCAUCACAGUGGUCUAUAAGAAAGAGUCAGACUGGGGCAGCAUGGUGUUGAACUCUUUGGGAUGGUUAAUACCCAUCGGAAUCAUGAUCUGGUUCUUCCGCAGAGGACCAAUGGGCAAGCCUGGUGCUGGGCGAGGAAGUGGCCCUGGGGGCAUGUUUGGCUUUUCACAGACCACUGCCAAAGUGUUAGAGAAGGACAUUGGGGUGAAGUUCAGUGAUGUUGCAGGAUGCGAAGAGGCAAAGCUGGAGAUUAUGGAGUUUGUCAACUUCUUGAAAAAUCCACAGCAGUACUUGGAUCUGGGAGCCAAAAUUCCAAAAGGUGCCAUGCUGACAGGCCCCCCUGGCACAGGAAAAACACUGUUGGCCAAAGCUACUGCCGGAGAGGCCAAUGUGCCCUUCAUCACAGUGUCUGGCUCCGAGUUCUUGGAAAUGUUUGUUGGCGUUGGGCCCUCCAGGGUGAGAGACAUGUUUGCCCUUGCCAGGAAAAAGGCCCCAUGUAUUCUGUUCAUUGAUGAAAUUGAUGCCGUGGGAAGGAAACGGAGUGGCAGAAAUUGGGGUGGCAACUCAGAGCAAGAGAACACUUUGAACCAGCUUUUAGUGGAGAUGGAUGGUUUCAACACACAGACUGGUGUGGUGGUUCUGGCUGCAACAAACAGAGUAGACAUCCUGGACCAGGCUCUGCUCAGACCUGGCCGCUUUGACAGACAAAUUUUUGUGCCUUUGCCAGAUAUUAAAGGAAGGGCUUCCAUUUUCAAAGUCCACUUGAACAACUUGAAGACUGACCUGCAAAUAGAUGAUCUUGCAAGGAAAAUGGCGGCUCUCACUCCAGGAUUUUCAGGAGCUGAUAUUGCUAAUGUAUGUAAUGAGGCUGCCUUGAUAGCUGCAAGAGAUCUGAAUUCUGCAAUUCAAGAGAAGCAUUUUGAACAAGCCAUUGAAAGAGUUGUUGCAGGUCUUGAAAAGAAAACACAAGUUCUUCAGCCAGAGGAGAAAAAAACUGUGGCAUACCAUGAAGCUGGGCAUGCUGUCACUGGGUGGUUUUUGGAGCAUGCAGACCCUUUACUAAAGGUUUCAAUAAUACCACGAGGAAAGGGUCUUGGAUAUGCUCAGUACUUGCCUAAAGAACAGUAUUUAUACACAGAGGAACAGUUAUUAGACAGAAUGUGCAUGAUGCUUGGGGGACGCUGUUCGGAGCAGAUUUUCUUCAACAAAAUCACAACUGGUGCACAAGACGACUUGAGGAAAGUCACUCAGACUGCAUAUUCUCAGGUUGUUAUGUUUGGUAUGAACGAGAAAGUGGGGCAACUGUCAUUUGACAUGAACCAGCAAGGAGAAAUGGCCUUUUCCAAGCCAUACAGUGAGGCUACUGCACAGCUGAUUGAUGAGGAAGUGAGGACGAUUGUCCAAAAUGCCUACCAGAGGACCCUGGAUCUACUUAACAAACACAAGCAACAUGUGGAAAAGGUUGCGAUCAGAUUAUUAGAGAAAGAAAAACUGGACAAGGAUGACAUGGUAGAGCUUCUAGGCAAGAGACCUUUUGCUGAGAAGUCAACAUAUGAAGAAUUUGUUGCUGGCACAGGUUCCUUUGAGGAAGAUACAUCCUUGCCCAAGGGCCUAGAAAACUGGAAUAAAGAAAAAGAAGAGAAAAAGUCAGAACCAGAUGCAGCCCAGUCCUAGUGAUAAAUCAAAUGAAACUUUUCAUCUACGUGAGCUGGGAGGAGUUAGUUUUUGUUUGUGUACUGGUAGGCAGUUUUUACAUUAGGGACAGCAUGACAAAAGUGCUGAGCUCGAUGUGGAGAUCUGUCAGCUCAGCCGUCCAUGACUGUAGAUCUGUGGGGACUCUUGGCAGUGCUCCGCUGGGGGAGUAGAAAGUUCCCCAAGAAAGCUGACCAAAGACAUGAAUCAUUGUAGAGCUUGACUUCCGUGUGUUGGUCUUGUGAAAAGACAGGUUUGCAAUGACAACCGUAUAAGAAAAACGGUGUAUAAAAUGAGUGUACUUUUGCCUCAGUAAAGAUUGGAAUUUUUUUUCUUAUUGUGUGCAAGGAAAAGGCUGUAAUGAUUGGAAAGAUGCAGUAUUUGUCAAAGCAGUCGACCAUCGUGUGCCUCAAGGAUAUGGUCUCAUUUUGUCGUGUGCACAUUUUAAUUUUCUGUACCUGUCUCCUUCACAAAGGAGGUUUUGCUGGUGACUCAGAAGAAUUUUGGUUGGCUUCUAUGCAUCAGAAUACAGUUAAACAUUUCUUCAUGCAGAUGCACAUUUUUGCGGGCCUCAUGCAGCUUUGUUUUGCUUUUCUUUUUUUUUAAAAAUAAUUUUCUUUUAUUAGCGGACGAUAACCGUCCACCCGAUAGAAAAGAGGGUUAGAUUUCUCCGUGCCUCGGGCAGUACCUGCCUCGCUAAACCAGUGGGCACAAGGCCGGAGGAGAAGCUGAGAACAGAUACCACCUUUGAUCGGAGCCAAUAGGCCGAGAAGCUUUGUUUUGCUAAUUUAGUAGUCCCCUCCACUCUCAUUCCUCCUCUUUGUUGUAUAGGAGGAGUGGAUUACUAAUGUUCUAUGGUAGUGGUUGGGCUGCUAUUGCACAGGGCUUCAGACUGGUAUGCGUGUUGGCAGACUAAAUGUUCCCAAGACUUCCUGCAGCAUGGGUGAGCUUGCUGCGACUCCUCAAUUUAUCAAUAUGGUUAGAAUGCUGAUCCCUAUUUGGAUCACAGAGUAGAGCACGACAGCAGUCAGCAAGAACAACCUGUAAGGCGUAAUUUUUCAUUUCCUAAACUGAGCUAUGAAGGUAGUAACAGAAGAUGCACAGAUUUUCUCUGCAAAUUAAAUGUUUUUGUGUUUCGAGUGGCAUGAGUGACUUUGUAUGUUACGUCAAUUUUUGGAUGUUCUUAUGUAGAUGUUUACAGUCGAUUUGAUCAGUUAUUUUUAAAGCUUACACAAAUGUGAAUUGAAAUUUGAACAUUUUCUUUUAAUCUCCUUUAUUAGAUAGGACAUUGUUUUUUGGGUUUUUUUUAGGAAAGUUGUAUGAUUUAUCAGGUGACUACCUCGUUAUUGAACCUUCAGAUCCUGUAUGCUUUCCUCUAAGUUGUAUGACUCUGUGUUGAGUUGCAAUUAAUAUGAAAGUGAUAUGGAUGAAAGAUUGUAACGCUAGUUAGCCCCGUCUGUAUCAGCAGGAGUAUACAUCAUGUUUGAUUUACCUGUCGUUCUAGUGCUGUGUCAUUUGUCUUAGUCUCAUGCCUUGUUGUGAGGCCUGCCAUUCCAAGCUAGUGGAAGUCUUUCGCAUCUAAUGUUGUGUCAGCAAAAUUUACACUGUUUCACAGAGAUCUCGUGUUGUCAUCAAUUUGUGCUGUUUUGAAUGUUUUUAAGCAUUAUCGAGAACAUAAGAAAGUGUAGUUUUUAUUAAUCCUAUCCGUACAUUGUGUUUUACUAUCGUAUCCAAACGACGUGGGGAACUCUGUGCCACCACUUUCAAAGACGAAAUUUACUCGUUAAUCUGAUCCGUACGCUUUGCAUAGCCAGUCUGUCAAAAGACUUUUUUGAGAAAUACUGAAAGUUUCAAAGAGAUCUUCAUAUUAGAAAUAUACUAAAAUGUGAAGAAUACAACCUCGGGGGGUACAAAAUGACCCCAGGGCGUACGGAUAGGGUUAAUCUGAAACCUCAAAAGGGGAGAAGUCCAAUGACAGCACUCCACUUGAAUUGUGUGUUACUGUUAUCAGUGGUUAUUACUAGGAGUGAUUACUUUUUUAAUAUACACAAAAUAAGCCUUUGUGUGACAAUUUUUAUGACACUGCUGAAGGAGGGUAGUUUUUUAAAUCGUGUUAUAAAACCCAUCAAUGUCAAUAUUUCCUCAUAUUGAGGAAUUGAUGUUGGAUGAGAUCAAGUGUCUAUCUGGAAAUGUGGACUUUGAAAAACAGAGUACAUUGAGAAAAGGAUGAAGCACAGAAGUAAAGUUGGUAGCAGCUUAUAUUCAAGCUUAGAUGGUGAAAAAAAGUGCACUGAUUUAAUUUAUUGAAGGACUUCUUUUAUUGUUCCCUUAUUACGAUGAGGGGAGGUGGUAAAAAGGUGGAUAUUUUUCUGCUAACAGCUUGCUGAGAUGUUGUUGGGGUGCUGCUGCUGAUGUGCACCUGAUAAUGCAGGAAGAUUUAUUUAAUGUGAUAUCCAGUUGCAGAAUGUCAUGGGUCCUGUCCUUAAGUCAUGCUAGUUUGUACAGUAAAGGGAAGAUUUGCUUAUUUAAGGACUGUUUGUUGCAGAGUGUGAAAGUGUAUGGGUUUCUUGAAGAGAGUGAAAUUCCGUGCUGUUGAUUUUUUUUUUUGUGAUGGUGUUGAUAAUGAAAUGUCAUGGUCUUGAACUCCUUCAAGAAGCUGAAAUAAACAAAGUGUAAAUUCAUCAAAUACCGGUAA